CUUAGUAUGGAAGGUGGAGGGCCAUGGGGUUACGUCGCUUACGACGCCGCCUACUUUUGAGACGGUCCUGAAUGUAUGGCACACUCGAUCCGGCACGAUUGAAAGGUUAUAAACGUCUCUUUCUCUAAUAAACGAAUAACAUUAGUCGUUAGCAGUUUACAAAGGUGUGAAUGAACAAAAGCGUACGUUUAAAUAAGUGUAAUUCUACAAAGUGCAGUUGACUCUGCGCGACUAACCUCCGUUUGAUAUAUGAAUGUCAAACAAUUUAAACUCUUUCAUAGCAAUGCAUAAUUGACGUUUAUAAUUGACAUUAAUAUCACGCGACGAAGACACGCGUCACGGUUAAAUAGAGCGCAGUCGAGUACAAUCCAAUGCAUCUAUAAUGCAACCAUACUUUUCCAUGAGGCUUAACCGGGCCCGGUGUCUGAGCAUCUCUCUGGACCGCUGACCAAGGCGAAGUUUGUUCACGACAGUCGAAUGUCGCAACCCACGCGAUGUGCGUCACGUACGAAUCACUCGUACGUCUAAUAUUCAUCUGUUCUUCGACCUAAACGUUUAUGGUACAUAGUCCGUGCACGAACGAGUCUUAUUUACACGUUCCGAGUGAAAAGUAACGUUGUUUACUCGGUCAACAAGCGAUAACGCGUCCGUUAAGGGCGCCAAAAUUCUAUUUUGCGCAUGUAUUUUACCAUUGAAUUGUAAAGAUUCGUGUAUCACUAUGAAUAAAUUGAACAGAGUUUGAUCGAAACCAUCGAUCGAGUCUCAGAUUAACUAUUACAUCAGUUCCACGCGUAUAUAGUGCGGUCCAGUAGUGUUGGUCGCAGUGCUUCUAAAAAAAAAGUGCCCACGAUUCGAACUCCGAAUCGACGUUCCCAGCAUUCAAGAAAUAAACGUUUCUGUGUUUACACGAACACGCUUAAACAUUUGCGAACGUUUAUACUCCAAACGUCGGAUACUGGAAGGAAGUUAGCGUUCGGCUUAUCUCUACGAAGUUUCGAGAACGAUUCUCGUUUUCUUUCUUGGAGGAUGAGUGGACCCGUUUCGAAAUCUCUGCCGGCGCGAUAACUAACGGAAGAUUGCUCCGGAAUUUGAAUGAAUACGCGAUACAAUUAUUAUACGUCUAACUUUUUCUACCUAUCGUAUUUAAAACAUCGUACAUUACACACAUCGUGAAUUGUAUCGAUGUUCUUGUAAUUCUUAAAAUAUCUAUCCGUUAAAAAUCUUUCGUUUUAAAACGAGACUUAUCCUGAUUCUUUUAUCGAUCGCCGUCGCUGUUCGAUCAUGUCGGUAUUCGUCGAUUUAUUCGCGUACCUUUGUCUCCUGCGUAUCGUAAGCAGUUCAAGCUUGACCGCACCUCCGCAAUCGGCAGUAGUGGUCGCGUUCGAAGAUGUUUACGAUUUGUCUUUGCUGGCCAAUACAUUGUCGGAUCAAUUGAUCGACGCCACGUUGAUAAUACCGGCGUCUAAAAAGGAGGACCUCUACGAGACGUUGAUCGACGUUGAGGUGCUGACGGUGGAUGUCCAGAUCGAGGAAUCCGCGUACCCAGAGACCAAGGCGGUUCAGGCCUGCGAGGCUCUGCUGAAGGAUGGACAGAUCGCCAAAAAAAUACAGGAAAUUCGACCGACUUUCGUCAUAUUCCCUGCGCUCAGACACGAUGGGUGCUUGAUACCGUGGACUAAGAGCAUCGAGUCGAUUCCAGUGAUAUGGACACGCAAUCGGGACGAGGAGGUAUAUGUGUUCGAGUACACAGGCGCAGCGUUGCCAGUGCAAAACGCUGGAUUUUGGUCCAGAUUGCGAACGAUAUUCACGAGGAGGUCGAUAUUCUCCGCGGGUCGGGACAAUUACGCAACGUAUGCUCUCCGUAUAGUUGGAAAAUAUUUGCCAGACACCGAUGUCAAUUUGGAUAAUCUUUAUGGCGAUGUUCGUCUCAUACUUUGGGGCGCUGAUACCGUCCUGCGGUCAGAUUUUGCACCGCUUACGCAGCUGAUAGUCGAGGUCGGAUGUCAUCACUGUCGAGGUGCGCAACCAUUGGAAGGAAGCGUGCACGAACUAUUGCUUGAGUUUCGACAGGGAACGAUUGCGGUUCUCCUGGACGACAAUUAUGAGCCGUUGAUUAGAGAGUUGGCGCAAAAGCUGCCGCAGAACAGAGAGGGCCAAGCAAUCAUUUGGAAAAACGCCAAGUUUCAGAGCACGGAUCGCGUGCUACAGAACUAUUUUAUUCGCACGGCGAUCGAUCGACAAGAUCUGAUAGGUUACAGCCGCACGAGAGUGGUGUUGAGUCACUGCGGCGACACAGAGCUCCUGGAGGCUGGGUUUCACGGAAGACCCGUGUUAUGUUUCCCCAGGAAUACCCACGAGUCGAAGAACUCUGCUCGAGCGACCCAGUUGGGUUUUGCGCGUUCCACGGAGGACCUACGCGCCAUCUCUGGCGAAGAGAUAUCAAACACGGUGAACCAGUUACACGAAAUGCCCGAGUAUCGCGAAAACGCUCGACGGGUAUCCUUGGCUAUCCGCGACAGGAUAAAUCCUGCCGUGGACAGGCUGAUUUACUGGCUCGGUUAUAUGGCGAAGACCAAGGAUGGUAACAUGGAAUUAUUCUCACCGAUGAACCCUGUUAGGACACCUAGCGAGGACCUCCAAUUUUUCCUUGGUCUCUUCGUGGGCGGCAUUUUAGGAAUUUUUGCGACCGUUGGUUGUAUGGUGGCGCGGUACAUCUUUAUCUCCAGACGAACCCAAAGGUCGAAGGGAAGAUACACGCGGUGAAAGACUAAAAAAUAAAAUAAUCGUUCGUCGAAUUGCUAUCUAUAUAAAAUAAAUAAAACAUAAUGAAAUUUUCUUUUGGUUAAACAACCAACGAAGAUCUCAAUUCUGUUCACUUACGAGCAACUGAUACACGAACAAACUUUUAUAAAUAAAAACGAAAACAUUUCGCGGCUAGAAGAACGGAAUCCAGGUGC